GUACUCAUAAUCUGUCAGUUCAUAUAAAGCACACGAACAACUUAAUUUUCCGAGUAGUUUUCGAGAUUUUCCUAAAACCAAAACAAUGUGUUUUGUGGUAAAUGUUUGCAAACGUUUUGCAAAAGAACAACCAAAGACGUUUGUGGCCAUAACCCAUCCCUAUUGCGUUAGCCUGCUACUGGUGGGAACUGUCUUCUUUUUUCUGGCUGAGAUGUUCUAUGUAGUUCCCUUUAUUUUCGACACCGGCGGAGGAAUGUACAAACUCGCCUGGCUGGUUGCCAUCUUCAUUGUAUCCAACAUCCUGGGCAACGAGUUGGUCUGCUAUCUGACGGAUACUUCGGUGGCGAGUCUGCCAGAGGAGCGUCGGACCCCGAAGCCGGAGGAGGAGCACCUGUGGUCCUACUGCGACGAAUGCAAAAUGAAAGUGCCGCCCAGAGCCUGGCACUGCAAAUUGUGCAAGUGCUGUGCCUUACGGCGAGAUCACCACUGCAUUUUCACCGCCACUUGCAUUGGUCACAACAACUACAGAUAUUUUUUCUGGCUUCAGUUUUACCUUGCUCUUGGCUCUGUUUUGUUCUUGGUAAGUUAUCUACUGGCGGUUGCAGUUAACAAGGAAUUCCGGAAUCGAUAUGUACUUGUGUGGAUAAUUAAAAAUGUUUGGAAAAGGGAUUACGACAUUCAUGUUGCCAAUUGGAAUGAGUUCUUGUGGCAGAAUUGGCUUCUAAUGCUGAACACUUAUGCUUUUACCUUUUCCCUUCUGAUGUUGCCCUACCAACUGCCCAUCUUCUAUUUGAACACCACUUUCUAUACGGGUUCAGAUUGUCGGUACAACCUUGGGCUACGAAGGAACAUCAAGCUUUUAUUGGGACAGCGUGGUCUCUGGACUUUUAUAUCCCCUUGGAUCAACAGCCCAUUGCCCCACGAUGGCACCCGUUGGGAGGAAGCGAAGCCUUUAGGCAAUAUUAAUUCUUAAGAGGUAUACAACCUUAUCAAAAUUACUUAACUCACCCCAUUGUUAGGUAUAAAUAAACCACAAAAUUCUAUGGCUA